AAACUUGGGCCUUUCUUUCUGCGAAAAAUAGGAUUUUGACUAUCUGGGUCUUUGUCUUAUCUUAUAUGGAUGGUCAUGCAUCUAUUGUUCAACUAGUUUUUAGUAUUUGAAAAUUUUGGGGUCUGUUAUGGCAUGCUUUUGUUAAGUUUUUGGGGUUUGGGUAUUUAGGGUUUUUGCUUUGUUUUUUGGUUUUGGGUUGGGAGUUAGUAUGGAGGACGUUGAAGAAGCUAACAAAGCGGCCGUAGAGAGCAGCCAUAGAGUUCUAAACCUUUUAUCUCAGCCCCAAGAUCAGGUUCAGUGUAGGAAUUUAAUGGUUGAGACUGGGGAGGCUGUGUCAAGGUUCAAGAAAGUUGUUUCUAUUCUCAAUUCUAGAGUUGGUCAUGCGAGAGUCAGGAUGCCUAACAAAGUCCAAAUCCCUUUUCCCCAUAGCAUCUUCUUAGAGAGCCCACUUUGUAGAACAGACCACCAACCCAAAAAUCUGCAAUUUCUUCAGUCUAGCUUUUCUGAAAACCCAAUUCAAGAUAUGGGUUCGAAUGUUAAAAGUACGUUGUGUUUGGGAAGCCCUUCUUUGGAAUUGAGCUCUAAUGGAAAAGGUCCUCUCCAACUGACACCAUCAGCACACCAAUAUCAUUUCCUCCAGCAACAGCAGCAACAACAACAAAGGUUAUUGCUUCAGCAGCAACAGAUGAAACACCAAGCGGAAAUGAUGUACCGCAGGAACAAUAGUGGCAUUAAUCUGAAUUUUGAUAGCUCUAGUUGUACUCCAACCAUGUCAUCCACUAGGUCUUUUAUUUCCUCCUUGAGUAUAGAUGGAAGUGUGGCUAACUUGGAUGGAUCUCAUGGAAGUGCUUUCCAUUUGAUUGGGGCACCACACUCUUCGGAUCAGAAUUCACAACAGCAUAAGAGAAAGUGUUCUGGCAGGGGAGACGAUGGGAGUGUCAAAUGUGGGAGCUCUGGUAGAUGUCACUGCUCAAAGAAGAGGAAACAUAGGGUGAAGAGAUCAAUUAAGGUACCUGCAAUCAGUAACAAGCUGGCAGAUAUACCUCCUGAUGAUUACUCCUGGAGGAAGUAUGGGCAGAAGCCAAUCAAGGGUUCUCCUCACCCUAGGGGAUACUACAAAUGUAGCAGCAUGAGAGGUUGUCCUGCAAGGAAGCAUGUUGAGAGGUGCUUGGAAGAGCCUUCCAUGCUCAUUGUUACCUAUGAAGGCGAGCAUAACCACCCCAGGUUACCAUCACAGUCUACAACCACAUGAAUGGCAUGGAGAGCUUCACCAAGGUCAAGCCCCGCUGUUCAAUUUACCAAAUCCUUAUGUAUGGUUGGCUUGGAAUGCUCCUGUACAUAUUUUGCAUCUUUUGACCGUGGAUAUACUUGGAGCAGUUUUUUUUUUUGGCUUUGGAGUGUUUGGCUCCAAGCAUUUUAAGCUUAAUUGGCAAAGUGGGAAUGAAGCCCAGUGCAAAACUGAAGAAUUCUGUAAAAUUGGGGGGGUUUCAAUUGUAAGAACUCUUUCAUCUGUUUUAGUAAGCAAUGGUUUAAACAGUUUAGGUUUUCUAAAUGAAUGAAUUGCCUCUAAAUUGGGAAUUCUUGAUU